GAAACAGAACUUGGAGUGAAUAUGCCGGAUAUUCGAUAAAAUAAUUCAUGACGUACAUUUAAAAAAAAAAAAGAAAAAAAGAAGUGAAAUUUGCUUGAGCUGAACCAUCAGUUCUGUGUGGAGCGAUGAGGAGACUGUAACCUUCCUCUCAUGAAUAUGUGGACCGAACAGAAAUACUACACAUCUACGUAUUUCCAUCAUGGCUGUAUUUGAGGUUUGACUGACGCUCUUCUGCAGUAGUUUAAUGGCACACGACAGACGAAUUUACACCACCAGGACGGACACAUUCGUAGUUUGUGCAUAAAACCAGUGGACAGAAACAUUUAGAUGGAAAGCUGAGCGCUGUUUUUCAACAAUUAAAUCAUGGUUGAAUUUAAUGUGGCAACAGAAAAAUACCGUUUAAUGUCAAAUUGAAAACCGAUUAGUACAAAGUAAUCUAAAUGAAUAACAAAUAUAAAAAAUACAUGGCUGCACAGGUAUUGACCCCAUUCUUCUUUGCCAAACUUGAGCUCUGUCGUGUUGCACAGGGAUUGUGACCGAAUGGCAUUUUCAAAUCCGGCCACAAAUUCUGGAUUGGAUCAAACUGUCGACUCAGCCACUCCAGGACAUUGAAUUUGUUGUUUUUACCUGUGGAGCUUUUGCUUUACGCUUGUUUGCUGGGAAAAACAUUUCUUUUUUUAAAGCCUGCAUCAGGUUUUUGUUCUUUCCUGCAUUCAUUUUACCCUCACAAGCCUUUCUGGACCUCCUGCAGAGAAGUGUCCCCACAGCAUGAUGCUUCCCACUGGGGAUGCUGCAGUGUGUUUAUGAUGAUAUGAUGGGUAAAAAGCUCUUAUGCGACCACAGAAGCCCCAUUCCAGCUGACUUCAGUCUCCCACCUGCCUUCUGACAAACCGCCUAGAUUUCGUGAGUUUUUUUUCCCCAGGGUGCUUUUCUCUUUGCCACCGUAAAGCUGCGGCAGGUGAAGCACCGUGGCUACCUGUUGGUGUCUGCACAGUCUCUCCAAUCGGUGCCGCUAAAGACUGGAGCUCCUUCAGACCCUUUCUGUACACUUAAACUGUUUUUGAGGACAUCCUACUCCAGGCAGAUUCUCAGCUGUGCCAUGAGCCUUCUGCUUCUUAAUGAUUGCUUUAACUGUCCUUCAAGGGAUGUUCAGGGGCUGAAUUUCUGUCUGUAAUUCAUAGGGCUGCACCGACUAGUUCAAAGCUUCGAAGCUUCAUUCUUAUAUUUUAUUUGCAUGUCUAAUCAUUCUGUUUAAACCCAGUAUUUCUUCACAGUUGCAGAAAACGAUUAAGGUGAAGUGGCCUUUUAACUUUUUUUGAGCACUAACACAAGAGCGCUUCGUGUGCAGCCGCUCCGAGCGCUUCUUUUUUGAAAAUCUUUGAACUUUUCUUCCAAGAAUCUUUGAGCGCUCCUCAGGGCCUUCCUGCCAGAAGACACCGCUAUAUGGACUAUCAGCAUUAGCUUUAUACCAUGUGUAGGAUCGUUUCCGACUUGUGCAAUCCAAAUAUUUCCAAUAUCUCCAGAGCAUGGUUAAGUCCAAAAGUCAGAAUUUAUUGAAAACGGAUAGACUUCCCAAAUCCACCACAUGUUUUUAUCUCACAAAGUCUCUGGCUUCAGUCCUUAUUUAUUGGUGUAAAACAACCUUUUCACUGAGAAAGGAUUUGGUCUCCUACUUGCCGCACGCACCUGUAUUAACAGGCCAGUCUAGCCGCAAUCUAAUAGGACCAUCAAUUUAAAAUAUACAACCACAAUAACAAAAACUUUUUCCAUUUUGUUCAGGGUGAUGAUGUCAUAGAAUAUGACAAAAGACGUUCAAAGCUUCAUUUGAAAACCUCAAUAUUAGUUUUGAAUAUAUAUGAUGUUUGAUACAGUCCUGGUAAUUCAUCCUGGAUCUCCCUUUGACGUGAAAGAGCCAAAACAGCCACAUUAAAUCGACUCUGCUGCAAAACAUGAAAACACCCACAAGGGUCGAUGAAUAUGUUUUUUUUAUAAGCACUGUAUACACACGUAUGUAUGUAUAUGUUUCACAUUCAUCCUGUUCUUCCCGUGCAGAACCUCUACCUGUUCCUGGCCCAGCCCAACUGCCUGGUCCACUUGGACCUGUCUGGGACAGACUGCACCGUGGACUCGCUGUUUGGGUCCUUGCUGCGAGGCUGCUGCGCUGACCUCUCCUACCUGAACCUCUCCAAGAACUCCUUCUCUCACAGGAAAGCAAGAGAUUCUCUGCCAACUUUCCGCCAGUUCUUCAGCUCCGCAUUCAGCCUGACCCACGUCAGCCUGGCCUCCGUGAAAGUCCCUCCUGAUUCACUGAGGGCUCUGUUCCUAGGUCUGUCCAAUAACCCUCAUAUCUCUGAUUUACACCUGGACAUCAGCAGCUGUGAGUUGAGGUCAGCUGGCGCCGGGGUGAUUCAGGAGCUGUUUCCUCGAGUUUCAUGCGUGGGGACUUUAGACAUCUCUGAUAACGGUUUGGAUGCUGACUUGCUGGCUGUCAUCCCAGCCUUCUCGCGGCACCCCUCCCUCAAACACCUGAUGCUGGGGAAGAACUUCAACGUCAAGGGCAGGGUGCUGGAUGAGACUCUGCAGAAACUGGUUCAUUUGGUGCAAGAGGAAGAGUGUGCCCUGCAGUCCCUCUCCCUGGCUGACUCGAGGCUUCGCCAGCGGGGCACGAUGCUGGUCAACGCUUUGGGCUCCAACACCUGCCUGCGGAAGGUGGACCUGAGCGGCAACCUCCUGGAGGACUCCGGGGCCAAGAUGCUCAGCAAAGCCCUGCAGAUCAACACAACUCUCAGGAGUGUGACGUGGGAUCGCAACAACACCACGGCGACAGGCUUCCAAGAUGUGGCGAGAGCGCUGGAGCACAACUUCACCCUUCAGUACAUGCCCCUCCCCCUCGGUGAUGUCACUCAGGCGCACCGCAGCGCCCCGGAGAGGACGGACCAAGCCCUGACCAAGAUCCAGCGUGCCCUGCUUAGGAACAACCAGACUCAGCGUUUCUCCCAGAAACAGGCUCUCAGGCUGCACCAAGGCCUCGUCACCAGCACUGCCGAACAAGUGAUGGAGCGUCUGUGCGUGCGCGUGCAGCAGCAGUUGUGUGUCCUGAAAGGCAGCGAGGAAGGAGAGGAGGUCCAGACGGCCAGGCAGAUCCUCAAAGAAGCCCGGGACUCGAGAGCUCUGUAUCCCUCCCUGUGUGAGUUGGCCCAUGUGUUGUCAGUGGACGGCCCCGUCAAGCAGCGACUGGACGCUCUGGCUGGAGAACUAGCCAAGGCUGCCGACAAAGAGCUGCAGGUGGUGGUGGACUCGAUGGUGUCCCUGUGCCACGAGCUGUGUCCAAUGUCCUGCUCAGCCGCCGAGAGACUCAGCAUGCCUCUCUCGUCCAUCUCCGAGCAAGUAUCGAUCCCGCGCUCCGCCAUCCGCAACGCCCUCAUGGAGAGAGCGGCUGAGGAUAUCAACAGAGCGCUGGAGGAGGUGAAGUUGUCUGUGGUCUCCUACCUGACCAACUCCAUAGUGGAUCAGAUUCUACAAGAGCUGUACACCACCCAUAAAACCCUGCUGAGGCAGGUGUCUCAGGUGAAGCGCUGGGAUGACGUCGGGACGGGGAGACGCACUGUCAGACAGUCCAGAAUAAUGGAGUCUCUGGAUUUUCCUGAUGAGGACUUUGGCGUCAACCUGGGAAUAGACACAAUGGCUAUUAAGAAGAGGAGCUCCCGAACUAGAAGAAUCCGUCCCGUCUCCACCCGACAGAGUCUAGGUGAUGAGCCCAGUCCCUCUCCUACCCCCUCAGCCCCACCCCACUCUGCCCCUCUUACCCACUCGGCAUCAUGGGAGUGUCUGUCCACCCUCCCGACCAACGGCUCGCCCUUGCGUCACGUGACCCACGUCAGGCCUCGCCCGCCGCGGAGACACAGAGCGGGUCACCCUCCCCCGGAAUCUCAUAGUUCGGAGAACGGAGGAGUCAGUAUGCUGGAGGAUGGACUGCCUGAUUUCUACAGCAAGAGAGUUCUACCCGACAGUCAGUUGUCAUCCCUCCAUCAGGGCCAGUCGCUGAGGAGGAAGAAAAGACGCAGCGUCUUGUCCAUUUUCUCCGGCUUCCGCAAGAACCGCAACUCCACCAUCUCUAACCAGGACUCGGACAGCACCUCAGAGAACGUCUACUCGAUGAUUCAGCACUCUAAGGAGGUUGGGAAGCCCGAGAGCACUGUUCCUGGAGCAAACGGGACCAUGCCUUCACCUCGGCCCGUGCAGGAUGUGCCUGUGCAUGGGAUGAGGGCUGCCAGUCCCUCCUGCCUCAUCCAAAGACAGUCCACAGACCUGGUCAGCAUGGUGUACAGCUGCAUCGGGGCGGAAAUCGAGGACUCGGAUGGGAGCAGCUCCUGCGACAUCAAAGAGAUGGACCAAGGUACUGACGGAACGACCGCCGUCUCUGACGCAGAUCCUCGACCUAAUGGCCACGUGGCGUCCUCCGAGCACCAGACGGACAGACAGAUGGAGAAGGGCCGGCAGGAGAGGAUCGUUCCCCUGACAGACCCGCGGACUGACACGGAGGAGGAUAGAGAGGACGGCGGCGGCGGCGGUGGUGGUGGGAGUGGGAGCGCGGUCCCCUGUGGGCCGAGGCCAGAGCCACCUCCACAGAGCAUCAAGCCCAGUCUGGCUGUUAUGAGGCAGAGACACCUGCAGGAGAGUUUAGAAGAGGCGGGAAGGCUGCAAGGAGAAGAAGACCAGAGUGAAAGGAAGCAUGACGAGAAGCCGAGAGCGCGAGGGCCAGAGGGACAGCGUCCUGUGCUGCCCAAUAAGUCCGGUCUCGACCUCUCAAGAGACGACGCCUCCCUGGAAAAAAUGGCCAUGGCCUCUCCCAACACCUCCCCCGUGAGUCCAGGUGAAGAAUCGACCGAUGACCAGAGGAGCUUGCCUCCUGCUCAGCCAAUCAUCGAAGAGGCGGGAAGUCAACCAGCAUCGGCCAAGCCAGGGAUAGAAGCAGCCGACCCCGUCAGUCAAGAUGAGGAAGAAGGUCAUAAUGGAUUUCCAGCAACAUCGCGUCACACCAGGAAGUCCAACUCGUUUGACAUAGGUAUGUCUGACGCCGUGGUUACCCUAAUCUGUUGUGCACACAUUAAGAUGAACACAACGUGCAUGUUUAGUUCUACGCAUGGAUGUCUGACACAGAUGCACAUCUCGCUGUUUUUGUUCAUAAUUCAUAACAAUGGCGCAAUGCCUUUUGUUGUUUAUUAUCAAAAGAAAGCAGCGCGAGUCUCUUAUUUGAUGUGCUCCCAUGCCCGUAGAGCUUCCUGGCUGCGUUACCGCAUUGCUGCUUCACCCUCCAACCCCUUUUCUGUUCCCACACCCCACUCUGUGUUUGUGUGUGUUCUCGUGCCAUUUCCCCUCAGGCAUGGAACGGGACAGCCCCUACGAUCUGGAGAGGUCCUCAGAUCACAUAUUUUCUGUGAAAAAGACCCGUUUCCCCCAGCACAGAAACAGAUCUCUGGACUACCCUGCUGGGACCAGGUUAUGAAAGCCCCCAGCUGGGUAACAGAGACGUGUUAUGACGUUACCAGUGGACUAGAGGACAUUUGCUGGGCAGAGACGACUGGAACAAGGAGGACUGGACGGAGACGAGCUUUUAAAACCGUGUGGACUGAAAUGACAAAGCUUGCAACAGCUACUCUUUUUUUUUUUUUUUUUUUUUUUUCUCCUUUUUAAUCCAUGUAAACAUUUGUUGCUGAAAAUGCAUGUACUGGUGUGCUUUCUGUUCGGUUGCACUUUCUUUCCUCAGGCACAAGGAAAGCUCUGACCUGCAGUCCAUACAGUAUUCAGUGUCUCUCCAGUGUGCUCAUCAUGAACCGUUUUAUGCAUUUGUGCAGAGUAAUUGAAUGCUGACAAUCUGUGACUACUAAAAGUGAGUUUGUGCUGUAUUUAUCCUAAUGGAGAUGUAAAUGCCAACUAUACAACUGCACUAACCAUUGUGGUAACUUAACCUGUUAACAAUCAUGUUUUUAAUGGUGAUAUAUCAUUUAAUAACUGUGUAAGUAUGCUUCUUUUUGUUUGUUGUGUAUGCGGACAUUGAUGAUUGAGAUAUGUGUUCUCAUGCACUUAGCACUCCCAUCUCUGCAAGAGUAUUUUAAGUAUCCCUUACAGUUUGAAUCUGAUUUAGCAGGCCAGGAAAAUUAGUAUAUUUUCUAAAAAUGGAUCUACAAAUCAGAAUAAAUAAAAUUGACUUUACACAAGGAAAUGUGUUGCUGAAAAUCAUGUUUAUGAGAUGAUGAUUUUACACAUGAGGGUCGGUUUAUUAGUCCUGGGGUGUACUACUUAGCCUUUUGAAGACAGUUGUAUAACAUUUCGGUUUGUUUUUUAAUAAUGGAAACAUAAGUAAUGUAACAUGUUAUUGAAGUUUAGAGAGCCUGGCGGGCGGAUUUUCCAUUUUUACAGGCAGGCUAACUGUUUUACCUGUUUCCAGUCUUUAAAGUGGACAUAUGCUCAUUUUCAGGUUCAUGCUUGUACUUUGUGUUACUACUAGAACAUAUUUACAUGCUUUAAUGUUCAAAAAACACAUACUUUUUGUCAUACUGUGUACAGGUAUAUUCACCUUCUGUCAGAAACACUCCGUUUUAGCGCCUAUGUCUUUAAACCCUCCAGAAAAAGCCCAGUCUUCUCUGAUUAGCCUGUGGAAAAACGUAGUAUCUGUUUAUACUGUCCGCUUGGAGGACGCGGUAGUAUUUUUAUGUAUUCAUUUAGCCAGGAGGGUCCUACAGAGAUAAUGGAUCUCUUCUCUCAGUCAGUUCUAGUCGGCAGCUUAAACAGUUUCUUAAAGAAACAAUUUCAAAUCUUAGAACACGCAGAGUACAAAGAGGCAACACAAGGGAAAUAGUGCAAGAAGAGGAGCAUAACGGCCAUACCAGCAACCAGAGUCAAGGAUUAAGUAGAACAUAAUAUUUCCUUUAGGGCCGUUUGUAAAAGCCCUCGUCAAAGAAGAGUGCGUCUAAAGUAAGGAUGUGUUGCAGCUCUCAGUCCAUGCCCAGGGUGCAUAACAUCAGAAAGCCGUGUUACCCAGCUCACAGCGCACCCUGGGGACAUUUAAAAGAUCUGAAUUGUAGAUUUACUGUAAUGUUAUAGUUGCUGAUAUGACAGGAUAAAAUAUGUAUGUAUAAGUAUGCCGUUUGCCUUAAUGACUUUGGCAAUAAACAGCAACAUGCAUUUUUCCCCUCUGGUAAAGAGAGGACCAUCCUGAAGAUAAAUCUUCUCAUUUAACUAUCGGCAAUUAAGUAUAUUUCCAAAAAUGUUAAACUACAGGAGCUACAAGGUAGGACCUUUGAACCCUUUGUUGCUUCGAUUUUAGCCAUUCUUUUAAAAGUCUGUCUCUUCCAACUUUAUGGAAGUGCAAUAGUAAAUUGGUCGGACACUCCAAAAAAAAAGACACAAGAAAACAAUAUUCUUGUCUCAGCUGUAUGAUGAUGUGUGAAUGUAAAUUUAAAAAAACAAGAGCUUUUGUUAAAAUAUAUAUAUAUUUUAAAUCUGGACUGUUGCUGUCUCUGAGCAGCAGAUGGCAGCAGAGACUGAGCGCUCCUCUCCUCAAGCCGCCUGCUCACUGCUUGUCGCUGUCAAGUCAUCUUACCCUGUUAUUACCAUAAACAACACGGAUCCCGCCACUGUGGCUGCAGUAAUGAAGGCAGAAUAU